CCAGUGUAAUUUAUCCAUCCGACAACAGUCUCUCUCUCUCUCUCUCUCUCUCUCUUAUCUGGUUCUAUCUCAUCACUUGGAGCUGCAACAAUGGCGUCCACCAUACCCAUACGCUUCUCGCCACAAGCCCUUGCCCGCCCCAACACUCGAAACCCCAACAAACCCCUCCCCAAAAAGCCCCCCUCCAAGUCCCAGCCCAACCCCAACAACCAUCGCAACCGCCGCCGCAAAUUCCCCCCGCCGUCUCUCUCCACCUCCGGCGGCGGCGGCGACGCCACCACCUACACCCGCCUCCCUCCCAGAGACGACUUCGUCCUCCCUUCGUUCGACUCUCCACCUCACUCUUCGGCCGUUGUCAAGCUAUCCGACUUCGACGUGGCAGCUCCGACGACCUCCGGUGACGUCAUCGAGAGUGAAGAUGACGAGUUAAGAAGUAAUUUAGGGUUUGAUUACGGUAAAUUCGAAUUAUUCGAGGUGAAUUCUGAUUCCGAGGAGGAGGAGGAGGAGGAGGAGGAGGACUAUGACCUUAAAUUAAUGGGUUUUGAAGGGAGAGAAGAAGGGAUUGAAGGAGGAGAAGAAGUGAGGGAGAAGGAGAAAGGAGUGCCGGCGGUGAUGAGAUGUUUCGACAGGGCGAAGAUCUUUGUUAAGGCUGGGGACGGUGGGAACGGAGUGGUGGCAUUUCGCCGUGAAAAAUACGUGCCGAUGGGUGGGCCAUCGGGUGGGGACGGAGGGAGGGGAGGGAACGUGUACAUAGAAGUCGACGGGUCGAUGAAUUCAUUGUUGCCAUUUAGGCAGAGCGUGCAUUUUAGGGGAGGGAGGGGGGAUCACGGGCAAGGGAGGAAGAUGAAUGGGGCCAAGGGGGAGGAUGUGGUGGUGAAGGUGGCACCGGGGACUGUGAUUAGGGAAGCUGUUGAGGGUGACGAGGGAGAGAGAGGGGAAGGAGAGGUGCUUUUGGAGCUGUUGUAUCCGGGGCAGAGGGCUUUGUUGUUGCCCGGAGGAAGAGGAGGGAGAGGAAAUGCUGCUUUCAAGACGGGGACUAAUAAGGUACCAAGGAUUGCAGAGAACGGAGAGCAGGGUCCAGAAAUGUGGUUGGAGUUAGAGCUGAAGUUGGUAGCCGAUGUUGGAAUCAUAGGUGCUCCAAAUGCAGGGAAAAGCACACUUCUUAGUGUUGUUAGUGCUGCUCAACCAGCUAUUGCAAAUUAUCCUUUUACAACUUUACUUCCAAAUCUCGGCGUCGUCUCAUUCGGCUAUGAUACCACAAUGGUUGUAGCAGAUCUCCCAGGUUUACUUGAAGGAGCCCACCGAGGUUUUGGUUUAGGCCAUGAGUUUCUCCGCCACACUGAACGAUGUUCUGCUCUGGUACAUGUUGUCGAUGGUUCAUCACAGCAACCAGAAUAUGAAUUUGAUGCCGUUCGUCUUGAGCUAGAACUAUUUAACCCUGAACUUGCUGAAAAGCCUUAUUUAGUUGCCUACAACAAAAUGGAUCUUCCGGAAGCAUCUGAAAGGUGGAGUACGUUCAAGAAAAAGCUGCAAGCUCUUGGAAUUGAACCUUUUUGCAUGAGUGCUGUGAAGAGUGAAGGCACUCAUGAAGUGAUUUGUGCUGCCUAUGAGCUUGUACGAAAAAGAAUCGAAGACAAUAAGGAAGGUUGGACUGAUCCAGUGAACUUGAACUAUGUGGCUGAUAUGGUUAAAAAGCAGCGAACUGCCGCUGUUGACCAGUUUGAGAUCUCGCAUGAUAGCAGUACUAAUACAUGGCAUGUAAAUGGAUCAGGGUUACAACGUUUUGUUCAAAUGACGAACUGGCGGUACAUAGAUUCUGAGAGAAGGUUCCAAUAUGUUCUUGAGGCAUGCGGUGUUUAUAAGUCUCUCACUAACCUUGGUAUCAAGGAGGGUGAUACAGUCGUCGUUGGUGAGAUGGAGAUGGUAUGGCACGAUUCUGCAGAUGGCUCCCCAACAAAUUUGAGGAAGGGGUCAACUCAUUCAAUCAGAUGGCCCCAGUGGAAAUAAUGGACCCUAGUUGUUCAAAUGCCAAUUGAUUUAUGGAAAUGGCACAGAUCAACUAAACGAGGCAAAAUACAAUAAUGGAAAGUGCUGGUAUUUUAACUUGAUCAGCUUUCCUUUCCAAUUUUUUUCGAACAUAAACAUUGUACUUCUCUUUUCAAUUAUGAUGAUCAUGACUAUUAAGUUCCGAAAUGUUUUAGAUUUUGGUCCCAAUCUACUGGCUUGGAGUCCAAACAUGUUUGGAGCGGUUGAUGAUUUGCACCAGACGUUCUUCCUUGUUAAUCAGAGGUGCUGCUAGUGCACUAGUGUUGAUUUAAUUCGCCGGAGAUUUCCAAUAUGAUAACUACUGUGGAGCAGAAUACCCCUCUUUUUAGGUAUGAUGAUUCAAUUCCAUUGUAUGUUUCUUAAAAGAUGGUGACAGAAGAUCAAGAUGAUGUAUAAUUUAUGCGUUAUUGUGUUGGAAAGAUACAUAUACUGAUUUAAUUACUUUAACUGGAAUCAAGUGUUACGGAGUA